AUUUUGAUGACAGAUAAAAGAAUAGACAAAUAUAUUUUUAAUGUGAAAGAUAGAAUUGGAUAGGGAUCUUAUGCUGAAGUUUUUAAAGGAACGAAUGAAAAAACUGGAGAAAAGGUAGCUAUCAAAAUGUUAAGCAAAUCUGUAAUCAAUGCGUAAUUUUAUGAUUUAUAAAAUUAGAGAUGAUUAUCUCAGGGAGGGAUUGAUUUAAGAAAUUAAAAUAAUGCAGAAAUUAAAAAGUCCCAAUAUUGUCUAGUUGUUAGAUGUCAUGGAAACCAACAAUAAUUAUUAUAUUGUUUAAGAAUACUGUGAUGGAGGAGAUUUCGAUGAGUAAAUUAUCCUAUUGUAAUUUUAGACUUCUCAAAAAAAGAAAGUUACUCCCAGAAAAAGAAGCAAUCAAAUUCCUAGUUGAUGUACUUAAUGGAUUUACUCAACUUAUAAAAAAUGGUAUAAUUCAUAGAGAUCUCAAACCAGCAAAUAUUUUGAUCGACAAAUAGGUAUGCUCAAUAAUUAUCGAAGACUUACAAACUAGCAGAUUUUGGAUUUGCAAAAUGUGUUGACAAUUUUAAAAAAACAAUGAUGGCUUCAAUGGUUGGUACUCCAUUAUACAUGAGUCCUCAGAUCUUGGAUCACAAGAGAUACAAUUCAAAAACUGAUGUAUGGAGUAUAGGUUUUAUUUUCUAUGAGGCAUUAUUUGGCAAAAGUAAUCCUAAAUCUUAAUCUUAUCAUAGCUCCAUGGACAGCUAGAUCUCCAGCAGAAUUGCUCAAAAAUAUCAGGACCUAACCCUUGAAAUUUCCCACCGAUAAGAAUUAAGUCUCAUAGGAAACCCAAGAUUUGAUCAUUGGUUGUCUCCAGGCUGACGAGAAUAAAAGAUUAUCUUGGGAAGAAAUAUACAAACAUCCAGCCAUUAGUCAAUAUUUUUCGGUAAUUAAUAACCUUUCCUCUUUUUAGGAUUUUAUCAAGGGAAAUAAUAAGUUGGAAGACAAGGCUCAAUAUUUAAUUAAUGAUAUCAGACAGAUGAUAUGCAAAGAGAAAAUUGACAUUCAUAAAUUAUUUGCAGAUUUAGACAUGUCAAAAGAUAAGGCCUUGGAUGUAAAUGAAUUGGGGAAAUUUCUAUAAAAAGUAGAUAAAGAUAUCACACGAGAAGAAAUUGAAUAUAUAUUUAAUAAAUUUGAUGAUGAUGGGAAUAAUUAGAUUGAGUUCGAGGAAUUUAAAAAGUGGUUAGAAGACAAUUAAGUAAUUGAUUGAUACUAUGAAUGAAUAGAUUGUUACUAAUGCUAAUCCAUAAUAAUAAUAAAGAGGAGGCGGAUCACAUAAAAAACUGUCUAUUCUGCCUCAUUAAUUAAAGUCUCAGAGUUCCAUUGAAGAGAGAGCGAAUUAUGUUAUAGAGAAAUUAAAACUAUCAAUCUAAAAAUAUAAAAUCAAUUUGUUGGAUCUAUUCAAAAAAGUGAAAAUUUAUUUGAUUCAUUUAGUUUGACAAAUCAGCUGAUCAAAGAUUAGAUAAAAGUGAAAUGGGACAAUUGUUAAAGAGAAUUGAACCAAAUAUUUCUUAGGAAGAAAUACAAGCAUGCUUUGAAUUUUUUGAUGCUAACGGUGAUGGCGAAAUCACAUUCUAAGAAUUUUAAACAAGUUUAAGUGAAGAAGUCGGGAAGAAGAGAUAAAGUAUAGACCACCAUGAAUGAAAU